AUAGGCUGGAAGGCCUUGCCUUGUCGCAGCCGGGCCCCGGCCGCUGCCUAAGAAAUUCGGGGCCUGUCUGGAGCCCUUGGUUCAGCACCCACCCAGUCGCCAGGCUGGGGCAGGAGGUUUCAUUGACACUAAGGGGAGGAAGGAGUCUGGGGGUUCCACGCGUGACAUCACAAUCGCCUUCAGAUGUGGGCGGAGCCGGAGCGGCAUUUCCCAGGAGACUGUCCUGCCUUGCUCCCUCCUUCUCCCUUCUUCCUUUCCUUUCUCCCUUUCCCCCACCCUUCCUCCCCCAUUCAGCUGCUUUGGUGCCCAACCUGGAACUCCGCCCCACCUGUGCCACAAGGUCAGGGGGGAGUUCCUCAGCCCGCAGGACUGAGAAGAUUCUGUACAAAUGAGCAUCACCUGGGGCUGGUGGAGCUUCUCAGGAGAUGUUUGAAGAGUGAAUGGCUGGUGGGAGGAAAGGGGUGCUGCUGCUGUUGCCACUCUGUACUCUCUCAGAUGUAAACAGGUUACCCAGCUGGGAGAGACGACACCUGCUGGCUGGCGUGGCGUCUAGCACUGAUGCGUCUACCUUCUCCGAAGUCUGCUGGCCCGAGGACCUUCCAAGACCCAGGCAGCCCGUGGAGGGCCCGGGUGAAUUCAAGGACCCGGACAGGUGCUGCUGGAAACACAAACAGUGCACCGGGCACAUCAUCCACCCCUUCACCCCUGACUGUGGCCACCGUAGCCUGCACCUGCACUCUGUCAGCCACUGCGACUGUGAUUCUAGGCUGAAGGACUGCUCAGAGAAGGCAAACAGCAGCAGCUCCCAAGACGUAGGCCCAACCUGCUCCCGAGAUGUGGGCUCAACAUGUUUAAACAUCAUCCAGUCCCCUUGCUUUGAGCUCAUCCCAGAGGAAGAGUGUGUGCAGCGGUUCUGGUACGGCUGGUGCAAAAGCUAUAGGCCUGUCUCUGUGGCAGUGAUCCACCAUCCCAUCCACCAUGACUGUGGGGCAGACGAUCUGAAUGAAGAAGAGGAGGAGGAGGAGGAGGGGGAGGAGGAGGAGGAGGAAGAGGGAAGCACGCCUCCCAUCCCGACCCAGGUGGGGCCCGCCACCACACCCGCUGACACAGGCAUGGGUGCAGUCACAGGUACCCCGGACUCAGCAGCUCCCAUCACUAUCUGGCGCUCUGAGAGCCCCACAGGGAAGUCCCAGGGCAAUAAAGUGAUCAAGAAGGUAAAGAAGAAAAAAGAAAAAGAGAAAGACAAGGAGGAGGAGACAGAUGAGAAGGCAAAGCUGAAGAAAAAAGCCAAGAAGGGCAAACUGAUUAAGAAGAAAAGCCCAGUUAAAUUGGAAUCUCCACCUCCAGACUUGACCCGAUCAGUAAGCCCAAGAGAGUUGGCCAGGAUGUCAGAGUCCAGCCCAGACAGCCGGGAAGACCUGGAGAGUGAGGACAGUUACAAUGACCCCAGGCGGGAGGAACCCUCCAGCGAGGAUAUUGUGGAGUCUUCAUUGCCCAGGAAGAGAGAGAACACGGCCCAGGCUAAGAAACCCAGGGCGAAGGCCUCACCAGUCAAGAAGGUCAAGAGGAAAUCUCCCCCAGCAUCAAACCCCAAUCUCAGUUGAGGCCAGGGCAUCCAGGGUGAAGAAUAAAUGAGAUCAAGCCUG